AUGGGUAGUACAAGUCAGCAGCAGCAGCUCCAAGUCGCCAUCAUCGGCGCGGGCAUCGCCGGCCUGACGGCUGCUAUCGCGUUGAAAGACCACCCAGGCAUCAACGUGCAGAUCUACGACAAGGCGACGGAACUGCGGGAAGUUGGCGCGUCGAUUGCGUUGGGACCCAAUGGCCUGCGGACGCUGGAAAAGCUGGGCGUCCAUAAUGCCUUGGACGAUUCAAUCGCCUUCCGCAACAAGUCGGGCUACCCCAUGAUCUAUCGGCAUUACAAGACUGGCGAAAUCGUCUCGGUUGACGAGCAUCACGGCAGCGUGGAGGCCCGCCAUAAGACGGCAAGAUUCCACCGCCCGCAUCUGCAGCAGGCUCUGCUCAAGCACAUCGAUCCUGCCCAGAUCCACCUCAACAAGGCUUUCAAGACCAUUCAGAACCAAGAGUCAACAGGCAGGCUGAAUAUCACCUUCGCAGACGACACGGCCGUCACAGCAGACAUCCUUCUCGGCGCCGACGGCAUCCACUCGGGUGUGCGGAGCUUCUACGUUCCCUCGUCUCGGUCAAAGUGGACCGGCUGGACGGCAUUCCGCGCCGUGUACCCCGUCUCCCAUCUGUCUCAUAUCCCCGACAUCCCGGACGAGGCGGAACACUGGUGGGGGAUCGAUCGCACGUGGUUCAUGUCAAAGCUGGGCAGAGAUCUCUUCUGCAUCGUCGCUUCCCACCAAAGCGACCCCGAUGCGCCCGAUGCGCUGUACAAAGACACCGUCUGGAACACUGGCAGCGACAUCGACUUGCUCAAGGAGCAUUACAGCGACUGGCACCGUCUGGUGCGCGAGAUCAUCGAGGCAACGCCUGCAGAUUCGUUAAAGGUGUAUCCCAACGCCUCUGCCCACGGGCUCGAGAGCUGGGUCCUGGGGCAGGACAGGGUGACGUUUGCCGGCGAUGCGGCGCAUGCACAUGGCGGAGCUUUUGCUGCGGGUGGGAGUCUCGCUAUCGACGAUGCCUGGGCCUUUGCGGCAUCGAUCCAGCACGUCUUCCCCCCGUCGGCCACGGAGCUCCCGUCGGCUGCGGACAUUGCGACAGCAUUGAAGUUGUACGAGAAGACCCGGAAAGCGCAUACUGACCGGGUGCUUGAGACGGUGCAUUCGACGAAUAAGAAAAAGGUCGAGAGGUUGGCGGUGGUGGAGAAUGAUGAUGGCUUGCGGGCGAGGAUGAAAAAUCGGGUCGAGCCUGUUUGGAUCCACGAGCAUGAUGUCGAGUCGGUAUUCGGGCAGGUCGUGGCGCAGGAGAAACGCCCUUCGGUACCAGGGGCAGCGUCAGAUCCAUCAGAGGGGCAGAUAGGAAGCCGUCUUUAG